UAGAUAUACUAUAUCUGUGAUGAACAAGCGGUGGCUGACAAGAUGUGUACCAACCGUACGCUCGGUGACUUCAUUGUCCAUGUCCCUGCUGAACGCGCCAACGGUACAUCCAUUCUCACGUCAACAUUUGAUAUGGAUAAUCAGACAGAAGUGGCCCUUUAUAAAAUCGAGAAAACGGGAUACUACUGCGUGGCCGUUGUAGCGUCGGUGAACCCGUCCGGGAAUGCUACGUACUUUGAGUCAUGGAUUGAAUGGAAGUUCCCCUACGGAGAGCUGCCCGCCAGCGAAUACCCUAAACUUGUUUUCUACGCCGUCUUUGCAUUGGUGUACCUUGCGGUGGGCAUCUUUUGGGCGAUUCAAUGUUUCCGACAUUGGCAUGAUAUUUUACCCGUGCAGCACUUUUUGUCGGCCGCCAUCUUUUAUCUCGCAGUGGAGAUGGCCUUCAAUUGGGGUUUCUGGGAAGCUUACAAUCAGACGGGCACACCAUCGUACGGCUUGAUGGUUCUUGUUGCGUUACUGAACGCUGGUCGUGUCAGUAUCUCGUUCUUUAUGCUCCUCAUUGUGUGCAUGGGAUACAGUGUCGUGCGACCCUCGUUGGGUGCCGCCAUGAAACGGUGUGCCAUUCUGGCGGCCACUCACUUUUUUUUCGCCGUCGUUUAUUCUCUCGGUACCAUGCUUUUGGAUCCUGAAUCAGCCGGCUAUCUUGUCCUCUUGGUCGUUUUCCCGCUCGCUAUCACCAUGACCGCCUUUUACGUGUGGACUUUAAGCUCCAUCACAUCCACUUUAGCUACUCUUGAACUUCGUCAGCAACAUGUCAAGGCUUUGAUGUACCGACGACUUUAUCGAUUGCUUGUGUUUUCCGUGUUGAUGGUGAUCGUGAUUUUCAUACUCAACAUGCUCAAUUUCUCGGACCGUACCGUGGAAGAUUGGGCGGCGCGCAAUUGGAAACGUCGGUGGUUUAUGCUGGAUGGAUGGCUCAAUAUCCUAUAUUUUACCGUGUUCUUUGUAAUUGUCAUUCUUUGGCGCCCCACCAGCAAUAACUCCCGGUAUGGUUUGGAACAACUGGCCCAGGAUGAAGAAGAAGCCUUGGCUCUGGAAAACCGAUUGCGCCGCACCGAAGGCCAACGCCACGGAGACGACGAUGACGAUGCUGCUAUUUUUGAGUUGGGAGACGAUUUCAGCGAUGAUGAACGAGACCACAGCGGUUCACAAUGGAACAGCCACACAAGACAAGCGGACGUACCAAAGCAAGACAACAAGACCGCCACACUUCAUGUACCUCACCAAGACAGCGAUGACGGCGAGGACGAUGAUGAACAUUUGGAAGACGAUGAACGUGCUCGAUUAACGGGCAAUGCACGCAAAAUGUCAUAGAAAAAAAAGCGUACAAUAACGAUUUAAAGAAAAGAAUAA